GGUUAACGGGCUCGAAUUUGCAGGACCAAGGCCCUUCCUUCCUGAAAUGGUGCGGCCCAACGCGCCUUCGUUAAUGCCACCGUCGCUACCACGUUACUGAAUUGCCGUUGGACAAUCCUCUUGGACAAUGAUGGGUCGCUGUAGGACCUGACAAUCUCCCCCUUCGCCCUCCACCCAGCCCCCUCGAUAUUUGCGUCGCAUUGAUUUUGUCGCUUGCCAUCCCAUGCUCUCGCUGGCCUGUCUAAACUGUUCCUGCGACGCCUGCGCAUCCGAGCUCGAGCUCGACCUUUGAAUGCGCCCGUUCGCCUUGCCCUCGGAUCACGCAACUCGGCCCUCAAACCAUCGCGCUAGCCUUAUUCCGUCCGAUCCGAGCCGUGCUUUUGCGUUGGGCGGCCUGAAAACCGGUCGUCAUCAGGGCCCGGGAGGGGCAGUGUAAUCAGUGGCUCAGGGGUGUUGCCUAGACUUUGUCGGCCUGCCUGCCCAGGUCGUUUCUUAGCAUCUCAGCAACUAGCAGAAUAUUCCAUCGCUACCAGCUCUCACGUUCGUUUCCUAUCCGUUCCUCUCGUCGAUCCCGCCCAAACACGCAUCUGGUGAACGGCGGCCGCACCGCGACGCCCACCACCCACAAUGGCGUCGGUCACGUCGCUGGACAAGGACCUGCGCAGGAUGCGCCUCGACAAGUACACCCCCGGCGCCGCCAGAGAAGCGCGCGAGUGGAUCGAGGGUAUACUGGGCCAGCAGCUUGCCGCCGGCGAUCUGCUCGAGGCCCUCAAGGACGGUGUCGCCCUGUGCAAGCUGGUCAACCUUGCGCUGCCGCCGCCCGGUAUCAAGUUCAAGUCGUCGGCGAUGCCAUUCGUGCAGAUGGAGAACAUCUCCCACUUCCUCCGCGCCUGCCAGCAGCCGCCCCUCGGCCUCCAGCAGCACGACAUGUUCCUCACCGUCGAUCUAUACGAGUCCAAGGACCCGGCACAGGUCCUGCAAUGCCUGGGCGCCUUCAGCCGCGCCGCUCACGGCGUCAAACCCUCGACCUUCACCACUGCGAUUGGCCGCACCCGGCCGCCCAGCUCCAUUCUAAGUCCACAAUCUACGGGCGGCCCCCUGUCGCCAGCCUCGAGCGCACGCAGCAGGGGCACGUCCAGCUUAAACAAUGGUUCCUCCGCCUACGGCGCCACCCGCCCCCAGCUCACAUCGUCCAAGACGGGCGACUCGAACAGCGGGCGCUGGAGCCCUACUAAAUCUCCGACCUCGACUAGCAGCUGGAGCCGGAAGGAACAUGAGGGCUCUACAUCGCCGGCCUGGAACAUUGCCCAAUACGGCUAUAUGGGAGGUGCUAGUCAGGGCAACCUGGGAAUCGCCUUUGGCGGCCGACGCCAGAUCACAAGUGCGAGCCCUAAUGUGCCUAAUGUGACGGAGAAGAUUCGCCUGAGGAAGGAACGUGAGGCCGAGGAGGAGCGACAACGCUUAGAGGCUGAAGAGGAGCGCCGGCGGCAAGAGGUAGAGGUAGAGAAGCGGAGGCUCGAGGAAGAGCGCCGCAUCUUGGAAGAGACACGUCAAGCACACACCGAGGAGCGGCGCCGGCUGGAAGAGGAGAAGCGCAAGUGGGAGGAGCAGGAACGACAAUGGCGACUCGCCGAUGAGCGCCGCCGCAGAGAAGAGGAGGAAGCCGAGGCUCGGCUGGCGCAAGAGCGGAGGCGUUCUCGGAGCAGGAACCGUCUCAAUGGCCAGUAUCUGAGUGAAUACCAGGCGGAUCAGCAGCAGUCUCUCCCACGACAGCGGACGGGCGAAAAGACCGAGGUUCAGAGAGCGGCGGAGCGUGAAGAGGAGUAUAGGCGCUCGCGGCAGCAGAGCGGUGGCCUCCCUUCACCCUCAAUCGGUGACGGCAAGAACGGCCGGGCACGAUCGCGGAGCCGACCAGCACAGGCUUCGGGGGGCCCCAGCCGACAGGACUCAUGGUCCAGGAACGAUGAGCCUCUUUUCCUGCGCGGUAGGGACAGAGACCGGCAAAUGGAGCCGUCGCCCCUGAGGACUCAACCUGCCCUGCCCGCGAGGCCGCUUCCCGAGCCCAGGCCCCUGCCCGCCGAGCCACCACGCCAGCAUCAAGAGCAAGAACAUCUCCAGCCACCAGGGGACAGGCUAAGGACUCACCGCACCGGCGAGCAAAGACCACCUGUCCCCGUCAAGCCGCAGCUCACGGGCGGGAAGCCACCGGUCCCAAUCAAGCCCCAAACCACGGGCGGUUCGUCGAGGCCGCUGCCGGACCCAAAGGCGUACUCCAACAGGACAGACAAGUUCCUGGCCAGCAACCCGGCACCCGUGUCGCCGGGGCCGGCGCCGACGUACUCGCGCGAGCUCGGGGCGACGGCGGAGCGCGACGCCGAGGACCGGCGGCGGGCGCAAGCGCAGCUGCAGACGCGGGCGGGCGGCUGGGCGUCCAAGUCGCUAGUCGAGCGCGAGAUGGAGAUGGACCGCCAGCGCCAGCGCGAGUGGGAGGCGGCCCAGGAGGAGACGGCAAAGGCCGUCCGCCCGUCGGACGGCGCCGUCGAUGGCAUCGGCGGCGGCCUCGGCGGCCGCUGGGACGUCGGCCAGUGGUCCGGCUACACGGGCGGCGACGGCCAGAACCGCGGCGCCCAGGGCAUCGGCGCCGGCCGCAGGCAGAUCGUCGGGCCUAGGCAGAUUGGAGGGCCGAGGCCGCUGCCGGGGAGGCCAUGAGGCGAGGGAGGGCCACGUGUGGUUGAUUAUGGAUAUGACAUGCGCUACGUGAGGCACGUUGCAGUUAUAGCCGAUGGCGAAGUGUUGCUUAUUUUAACCCCCCCCCCCUUUUGUUAUUUCAGCUUUGCUCAAGAACUAGAUAUCCGAACGAACGCAUUCCAUCUUACCCCCAAACGGACCGGGCCUGUUUCACGUCACCUGCUUUACUUUUGUCAAGUCGACUUCCAUACAGAGAGUGACCGAAGAUACCCCGGAGCAGUUUGUUGUAACCAACCAUACAGACAUUAUCUUGUUACUCGAAUUGUAUGCACAGACGGAUCGCUAUUUCCAGCCAAUUGUUGCUCAUGGUUCCACGGUCAAGGAUAGGAAAAAGGAGGUAAAGAAGAAUACAUGUGGUGAAAGUGGAAAGGGGGUAUAAAGUAACCAGUCGUGCUCUUUCCAGGAUAGAAAACCCGCCCGUAUUGACCGUCUGCUGGCUGACUAGACAGAAGAAACAAUAAAACACCGUGCUGGCUCAUG